UGUGUGAGUGAGAGUGAGAGAGAGUGAGAGUGUGCACGCAUGAAUGUGUGGGUGUGUGCUGCACCAGACAUCAGCAGCAGGUUGAGAGCCGACACACAGAGGAAGCAAGAGAGAGAAGAAAAAAAUAAGGGGGGAGAAAAAGAAAAAGAGAAAGAGACAUUUCUUCAUUCAGUCCUCUGAGAGAACUUCAAGACAGCUUCCUGCAGCUCUGACCACACAGUUAAAAUGCUGCCUGGUACCAGGCUCCCGCUGCUGUGUGUGCUGUGUUGUGUGACCACCGCUUGGGCAUUUGCCCGUAUGUCUGACGCUGUGGAGCUGCGGUCCGCAUUCUCUGUGGCACGUACCAGCAGCAUGGAGGGAGGGCCAAAGAUGGUCGUCACCUUCGACAAGGUGUAUGUCAACAUCGGUGCUGAUUUUGAUCCGAAGGCUGGCUUAUUUCGCUGCAGGAUUCCAGGUGCAUACUAUUUCUCUUUCACGGUGGGGAAGUUCCCGCGUCGAGACCUGUCGGUCAUGCUGAUGAAGAACCGCAAUGAGGUUCAGGCGAUUGUCUAUGACGAGAACGCAGGAGAGGAGAGGAAGGUACAGAGCCAGAGUGCCAUGCUGCAACUUGAUUUUGGAGACACUGUUUGGCUCCGUCUUCAUGGAGAUCCUCGCUACGCUAUCUACAGCAACACGGGUCAUUACACCACCUUUAAUGGUUACCUGAUCUACCCCGAUGUAUAUGGCUACCAAGAACCCACACGCAAAGAUCAUGACAGUGACCAUCAACCACCGAAAACCAGCGAUGACUCAUUGUCUGAAUAUGAAAAUACAGUUACCAAAGACACUGCUGUGAGUAUGAAAGAAGAGAGACGGGAUGAACAGAUAAAAGAAGAGGACGAGAGAGAUGGAGAGGAGGAAGACGACUACCAGCGGUCAGCAUUCUCAGUGGGUCGCACUCAAAGUAUUGUGGGAGUAGAUCAAGGAUACCCUGAGCACCAGCCCAUCAUCUUUGACACAGAGUUUGUCAACAUCGGCAACGAUUUCAACUUGAGCUCUGGUAUAUUCAAAUGCAGAGUAGCCGGAGCCUAUUACUUCUCCUUCAAUGCUGGCAAGCUGCCCCAUAAGACCCUAUCGGUGAAGCUGAUGAAAAACCAUUUGGAGGUACAGACCAUGAUCUACGAUGACAGCGACACUGAGAAGGCCCUGCAGAGCCAGAGUCUGAUGUUGUCACUGCAGGCUGGAGAUACUGUCUGGCUCUACAGCCACCAGAGGGAUGGAUUUGGCGCUUACAGUAAUCACGCCAAGUAUAUCACUUUCACUGGCUUCCUGGUGUAUCCCGAGCUCCACAGAAGCCUUCCACAGCAGCAGAAACCAGAUAAGACACUGUAGGCCAACCAAGGAGCCAGUCAGUCUGGGUCUUUAGGAAGGUAAAAGUUUGGAGCAGCGCUUAUGUGGAAAAUAUGUGAGUUCCCUACAAGAAAUCUUCUACCCUCUAGAGACUGUGUGUCCCUCAUCACUCCUGUGGUUUGAUUCCAUAUUACAAAAUCUCUCUAGCUCUUGUUCUCAGCAUCCCUAAAGUCAUCAUGAAACAGAAAUUGUGAUCAUAUUUUCUUCCCUAUUGUGACAGGUUCUCAAUUGAAAAAGAAAAAACAACGUACAACUGCACAUGAUUUUGCCCAUCUGGAAUUUAUUGGAUCGUUGUUGUUUGCUAAUUGAGUGAUAUCAUACAAGUGGCAGGUUGCUGGAUUACUGCCCAGCCAGAGCUUACAGAAGGAUGCUAUUGUGAGGGGACAUUCAUGUUUUUGAUGAAGAAUUACGAUGGCACAUAACAUUUAAAAAAAA